GCGGGGCCCCGGCGCCCUCGGGAGCGGGGCUCCACCCCGCUGCCCGCCUCGGCUCUAUCCCUCUGCCUGUUUUUGCUUUCGCGCCCUAGGCGCAGUAAACCCUAUUACGACUGGCCGCGGUCUAUUUGCAGCGUCUUCCUCCACCUCCUCCCGGAUCCACGGUGGACACGAGAUGGCGGAUGAGUCGAAGUCUUCAGUGCAGCAGGGAGCAGGUGAUUUAGAAGAUGACCUCGUGGAUGCCAGGCCUGAUCGAUCCUCCUUCAUAUCAGUGUUUGGGAAAAAGAAAAAUGCAGAGAAAUCAAACCAAUCCCUACAUAACCAUAAGCGAGUAGUUGUACCCAAAUUCCAAUAUAGUAUGGAUUACAAGAAAGUUGGCAAAUGCAUCAUAAUAAAUAACAAACAGUUUGAGGCUAAAACUGGCAUGGGCACAAGGAAUGGCACAGAUAAAGAUGCGGAAGGACUAAAAAAAUGCUUCAACAGUUUAGGCUUUGACGUGACAGUCCAUAACAAUCGCUCUUGUUCUGAUAUGCAGAACCUGCUCAAACAAGUUUCUCAAGAGGACCAUACUGACUCAGCCUGCUUUGCCUGUGUCCUUCUGAGCCAUGGAGAUGAGGACCUAAUUUAUGGGACAGAUGGAGUGACUCCAAUAAGAGAUCUGACUGUGUACUUUAGGGGAGAUAAAUGCAGGAGCCUCUUAGGGAAACCCAAAUUAUUUUUCAUUCAGGCUUGCAGAGGUACCGAGUUGGAUGAUGGGAUCCAGACAGACUCCGGACCUAUAAAUGAUACAAAUGCUAAUCCUGGAUGCAAGAUACCAGUUGAAGCUGAUUUUCUCUUUGCCUAUUCCACAGUUCCAGGCUAUUAUUCAUGGAGGAAUCCAGGAAGGGGCUCUUGGUUUGUGCAGGCCCUCUGCUCAGUCUUGAAUGAGGAUGGAAAAAACCUGGAGAUCAUGCAGAUCCUCACGCGAGUGAACUACAGAGUGGCCAUGGACUUUGAAUCUCAGUCCGACAACCCAGAUUUCAAUGAGAAGAAGCAGAUUCCGUGCAUGGUCUCCAUGCUCACCAAAGAACUCUACUUUUGACAAUGUACUCAACUGCAGCAAAGAUAAUUCAAUCAGGAACUAUGGGUCUUUCCUCAUCUUUUUUUUUUUAAAACCUCUUAAUUUGUUUUGAUGUUACAAGCUAUGAUUUUAAAUCUCCAGAAGUGUUUAAUUGCAGGGAAAACCAUCAGUUCAGCGGAGUACCCUUCCACUGUUCCUUGGUGUUUUCAUAAAUUUUCAAAGGGACUAUGAGUUUUUAAUUAUAGUUUUGUUUCAUGACUUUGUGAUUAUCUCAGGAUUCAGAGAAGGGUUUCCCGAUGAUUUCUUUUGAAUUUUUAUGGAAUGUGAUGCUGCAAACAACAAAAGUGACCUCUCUCUUGGCUGCUCAGGGUGUGCCUCUUGAUUGUUAACAGGCGUGGAAAGAAAUACACACCAACAUCACCAAAUAAAAUUGCUGCUCUCAUUCUUGGAAA